UCGAAAUAAUACUUUUAAAAGGCAUUAAUCUCUGUUAUGAGUGGCAGUUCAACGUCAUGGCGGGCUGUCGUCGUGCCGUCCCUUUGUCGCUUCUUCUUGGACUUUUUCAAGCGGUUUUCGGCAUUGUUGAUUUCACGUGCGUCACCAAGCCUCGUAUUGAUAUCAACAAUGAAAACACGUUCAUCGCAGGCUAUUUGCACGGCAAUGGCAGGACGCUCUCGUUCAUUCGAGUUAUAGACACCUACACCAGUGUGGAGAAAGGAUCUUUAAAGUUACCAUCUCAAGCGAAGGAAAAGAAAGAUAGGCCUACUGCUCAGGAAGGUGAAACCAUCUCUAUUCGGCGUAUGCCUGCGUCUGACACUAAACAAAGGAUUGGAGCGUUUGCUUGUAAAGCUACUAAAACUCCGGGUGAUGUCACAACUAUACAAACCAUCAUCAUGAGUAAAAAUGCUGAUUUUCUCCCUACCCGGGUGAGUCAGACGGUCAACCUGGGUGACGCAGUCAAUCUGACCGUUACUGUAACCGACUCAAUCCGUAACUACACUCGCUGGAGAAAGAACGGCAGUGAGGUCAUCGACGAACGAAGUAAUCAUACCUUCUACAAUCUUGGAGUCGUUGAUGCUUCAAAUACUGGGAUCUAUGAAGUCCAUUUUGCUGGGGAACGUAGCAAUGGAAGGCAGGCACUCAUGCGGUUGAUUGUCAGAGGAUGUCGUAAGAAUAAAUGGAAUCCACCAUCGUGUGGAGGAGAGUGUCCAACCUGUUUCAAUGGCGGUGUGUGUGGAGACCGGACUGGGGACUGCAUUUGUCCGCCUGGAUUCAGCGGCUAUUUUUGUGAAAAUGCUGCAGGCCCAAACCGUUUUGGACAAACAGGAAGUUUCCGCUGUGACUCUCCUGAACUGGGAGGCGGUCCUACGUGUGCAGGGAUGCUGUUCUGUUUGCCAGAUCCUUAUGGUUGCUCGUGUGCUGCUGGAUACCAGGGAAUCGACUGCAAUGAAACGUGUGAUGAUGGUUUCUACGGAGCAAACUGUGCGCAGGUUUGUCACUGCAAGGACGGGGUAUCAUGCAACGGAACAACGGGAGAGUGUCCCGGAGACUGCGCACCGGGAUACACGGACAUCAAUUGCCAAGCUUCAAGCACGGAUGACUUCACGUGCAUCACCAAGCCCCGUAUUGGUAGCAAAGACACCUUCAUCGCCGGUUAUCUCCACGGCAGUGACGGAACGCUGUCUUUUGCUCGGACCAUUUACACGUACACUGGUGGAAGAGAAAAACCUUUGUCAUUGCCGUUACCACAGACGCACAAUAUUGAACAAGUUAGUUCGUACCAAGACGAUAACGUCUUUUUGCUCAAAAUGCCCCUGUCCGGAUUUACAACAAGAAUAGGGGCUUUUGCGUGUGUACUUACCAAGGCCGGAGGUGACGUUACUAGUGUGCAGACUGUCGUCAUGAGCAAUAAAGCUGAUUUUCUCCCUACCCUGGUGAGUCAGACAGUCAACCUGGGUGACGCAGUCAAUCUGACCGUUACUGUAACCAACUCAUCCCGUAACUACACCCGCUGGAGAAAGAACGGCGGUGGGGUCAUCAACAAACGAAGUAAUCGUACAUUCUAUGAUCUUGGAACCGUUGAUGGCUCAAGUACUGGGAUCUAUGAAGUCCAUUUUGCUAUGGAACGUAGCAAUGGAAGGCAGGCGCUCAUGCGGUUGAUUGUCAGAGGAUGCCAUAAGAAUAAAUGGAAUCCACCAUUGUGUGAAAGAGAGUGUCCAACCUGUUUCAAUGGCGGUGUCUGUGGAGACCGGACUGGCGACUGCAUUUGUCCGCCUGGAUUCAGCGGCUAUUUUUGUGAAAAACCGGAAGGUCCCAAUCGUUUCGGACAAUCAGGAAGUUUCCGCUGUGACUCUCCUGAGCUGGGAGGCGGUCCUACGUGUACAGGGAUGCUGUUCUGUUUACCAGAUCCUUAUGGUUGCUCGUGUGCUGCUGGGUACCAGGGAAUCGACUGCAAUGAAAUGUGUGAUGAUGGUUUCUACGGAGCAGACUGUGCACAGGUUUGUCACUGCAUGGAGGGAGUGUCAUGCAAUGGAACAACAGGCGAGUGUCACGGAGACUGCGCACUGGGUUUCACGGGCAUCAAUUGCCAAGUUUGUGACAAUAACACAUACGGGCAUGACUGUCGACUCUGUCACUGCAUGGAGGGAGUCUCAUGCAAUGGAACAACGGGCGAGUGUCACGGUGACUGUGCACCAGGAUUCACAGGCAUCAACUGUCAAGAGAAAUGCCUUCCAUUUAACGGAAGUAAGGCAUCAUGCCACACAACCUGCACAGAUUUCCUAGAUCCUGCUAUGAAGUCCUUUGCACCGCAGAAUGUUGCAAUCAUCAGUACCCUCUCGAAUAAAAUGAACAAAACGUUCACAUGGCAUCCAGUGAAUUGCACCAAUGGCAUUGGGAUAGUGAAUUACGUUUAUAUGUUGAAAGCGUACGGGAAUCGUCAGGAGCCAGAACCAGUACGGAUCGACAGCAGCUUGGUCUCGGUACCUGUCCCAUUAUGCGGCGUACCUUAUGAAUUUCAGGUGGCUGCUGAAACCACCAAAGGCAUCGGACCAUUCAGCUCUACACACUUUUCAACUUACUGGAGUGCCCCAGAUGCCGUUGCAGCACUUACCAACCAGGGAACCAGUAAAAGUGGUAUAAAUCUCUCGUGGACGACAUCCAGAACCAGCCAAAACUACUCUUGUCCUGCAUUUGACUAUCUGGUGACCUUUACCCUCAAAAAGCUGGAUCAUUGCGGCGAGGUUCAUAACCAAAGCGGAUUGGUCAACACAACUAACACAAGCAUCUCUUUACAGGGACUAAAAGCGUACUCUAUAUACGAUGUGUCUGUUACACCACGAAAUGAUAUUGGAAAUGGCUCAUCAUCGCCGCUGCAGAUAACAACAGGGGAAACAAGACCAGGGGCAGCACCUGAAAUCAACAGCAGUUCAUCAACAAUUAACAGUAUCACGUGGACAUGGAACACAAUCCCUUGUGGGAAAAGAGGUGGCAAGAUCAUUGGCUAUCAAACACGUUUGAAAAGAUCGAACGUGAGAGUUGAUAGAAUGAAUGUUUCGACUACGUCAGUUAAAUACACUGGACUGCUAGCCUGUACACGAUACACCGUGAGUGUCUGGGCUUACACGAAAGCAGGGAGAGGAGAGCGGUCCAAUGAUACACGACUAACGAAGACUGAUGUACCGGAACCCGUCUUAGAUUUAAAUGUACUCGGCCACCUGAUGUCGCCUAGACAGGAUGAAUUCCACGUUCAUUGGACGGCUCCGGGAGGUGAUUGCUGUGCAACAUCUUACAACGUAUCUUACGAACUCAUCGAGUUGGACCAUUGCGACUCGGAAUUGACUUCUCCAGCAACGACUGCAUUUGGAACAGUCAAGGAUAUCAACGUGACGAUUCGCCUACCCGCUCAUUACUCAAAGUACCGUGUACACGUUGCGCCUAUCAACGGUGCUGGGGAAGGUAACAGAACCUCCAUCAGUAUAAACACUAGUGAAAGCACACCAAAUGCAGCACCGGUUCUUCGAAGUGCAGCGUCCAAUGACAGCAUCACAUUUUCCUGGGAUCCAAUUCCGUGUGGCAGUAGACGAGGGAACAUCACGCACUUCGAGUACAGAUUUCGAGGAUCAGGACCACAGGGAAAAGAUAAAGCUACCAAGAAGAAAAAUGUCACGCAGCCAUCGGUUACUUUUCGUGAUUUAUCACCAUGCACCAACUACUCAAUCAGAGUUCGGGCAUAUACGAACAUAGGACAUGGACCGUGGACAAACUGGACAGUCCAAGACACGGUCAUUAUUGAUGAAAUUCAGUCCUUUAACCUCCAGCCGUUCGAAAAUAAAAUCCAUGCCUCCUGGAUAACUGCUGGUGACGAAGACAACCCUUGCCCCGUGACAUCAUACCUUGUUAGUUACCAACUUGUCAACCUGGAGCAAUGUGAACAACAGAGCAAUCCUGAGCUGAUGAGUUGGGGAGUCGUGGUUGGCAGUGGUACCAACAUCACUUCGGUACAUGCUUACUCUACUUACAUCGUGCAAGUGGUACCAGCGAAUAAUGCUGCCGAAAAAUUCAUACAAAUGGAGACCAUUACAACAGAUGAAGGAGUACCAUUAGCUUCUCCUGAGCCAAACGAAGUGUUUAUGUUCAAUCAAAGUGUUCGAGUGUCUUGGUAUCACAUUCCUUGCGGCAAGAGAGGCGGUAACAUCACCGGCUACUCGUACGAAUUGCUAGACGUAACAGGAUCUCUGGUAAAUAAAGGCCACACUGAAGCAGACUCGGUCGUAGUUGACGGUCUGGCACAGGGGGCAUCCUACUCCUUUAAGCUGUGGGCGUCAACACGUGUUGGACUGGGACCCCCGAUGAGCAUCCGGUUGAAUACUCCGAUAGAUGCUUCAAAACCUCCAGUCGAGGCUAGUUCUGCAAAUGCUGUUGUGGUUGUGGUCGUUGUCUUGCUAGCUGUGGUUUUUGUACUCCUUGUUGCUGUUAUUGUCAGGAAAAGACGACAGGAGGGAGAGAAACCACUGAGUGUAAUUGCAGAUCAGGAUGAAGUUGGACUUCAGAAUCUUCCGUCGACAUCUGCUGCUAGAUCAGCUGAAAUAUCCACUGAUCAAUCCCUGCCAUCCGCUAAUCUACCAAAGUCUACUGAUGAGAUGCCUGUUGGUAAUGUCCCGUCCAAAGCUGGACCGUCCACAGCAUCCACUGAUUCACUAACACCUGGCCCAUCCUCUAACGCACCUGUUACUAAGCCUAAACCCUAUGUCAAGCCUUAUGCCAAGACCAAAUUGAAGGCAUCAGCCAAGACCUCUCAAAGUUUCCCCCAAGUCGGUCCAGUGGCCAUGGCACAUCUAGCAGAAUAUAUCAAGAGGAAGACAUCGGAAAAGAUCAGUGGGUUUCAACAAGACUACGAGUCGAUCCCAGGAGAACAUCUCCACUCGUGGAGUGUGGCCAAACAAGAUCAUAACAAGAGGAAGAACAGAUACAACAACAUUUUGGCCUACGAUCAUUCUCGCGUUGUUUUGGAGUGUCUCGAAGAUAAUCCACAGUCAGACUACAUCAACGCCUCCUACAUCAAUGGCUACAAGCAUGAAUCCAAAUACAUUGCCUGUCAGGGUCCUACUAAGGCGUCUGUGAACGACAUGUGGCGCAUGGUGUGGCAGGAGAGAGUUGGAAAGAUUGUCAUGCUUACAAACCUGAUCGAGAAUGGCAAGGGGAAAUGUGAGCAGUAUUGGCCGGACGAGGGUGGUAAAGACUAUGGAGAACUGUUUGUACGCAAAGUGGACGAAUCAUCACAUUCAAAUUUCAUUGUUCGGACUUUCCACUUGUCUAAAAGCAGUGAGCCUGAGGGUGAAUAUCGUGAGUUGAUCCAUUUCCAGUACAUCACCUGGCCAGACAUGAAACUACCUGAAUCCUCACCAUUGCUUCGAUUUAUCAUGAAGAUCCGAGCGACAGAUCUAGAGAGCACCCAACACGGACCUAUCGUGGUUCACUGCAGUGCUGGAGUUGGCCGCACAGGGACAUUCAUCUCUGUGGAUUCGAUGCUUGACAUGGCCGAGGCAGAGGGCCAAGUUGAUGUCUUGAAGUUUGUCCGUGACAUGAGGGAGCAACGCUUUCUCAUGGUACAGACUUUGGAGCAAUAUAAGUUCAUUUUCGAUGCUCUGUUAGAGUCCAGCUUGUCAGAGAACACAGCUUUCAAAGCUGAUCAGUUCCAUCAACAUUACGCCAAACUUAAGAAGCGCGACAAGAGGACGGGCACCAACAGCAUCCAGGCGCAGUUCCAGAUGUUGGAGUCAUUCACCGCAUCGUGGAACGAAGAUCAGUGUAUUGGAGGGCGGAACGCCGCCAACGUUGACAAGAACAGAUUUAAAGACUGCAUUCCUAAGGAUAAUACUCGUCCCUAUCUGAUGACGAAAGGUGAUGAAGGCAGUACCAACUACAUCAAUGCGACAUUCCUGAAUGGUCACAAAGGCAAGAAUGCCUAUCUAGCCACCCAGGCUCCCCUACCUAACACAGUGGGUGACAUCUGGAGAAUGGUGUUUGAUUACAAAUCAUUCUGCAUAGUCAUGCUCAAUUCCAUAAACGAUGACCCAAGCGUUGUCCAGUAUUGGCCAGAGGACUGUUUACAGUUUGGACCUCUGACCGUUACACUGAAACGUGAAGACCAGCACAGUAGCGACAUCAUCAUACGACAGUUUGAUGUCUCCUAUCCCCUUAGAAAGAGUGACGAGGUUCAGAGCGUCUGCCAAAUCCAGUACCUAGGCUGGCCCUCUAGGAAGGAGGUUCCCAACUCACCUUCUAGUCUCCUCAAGGUGCUGGAGGCUGUUAAGAUGUGGACAAGGGACCACCCAGACGGACCCAUCACUGUCCACUGCAUUGAUGGUGUAGGAUGCAGUGGAACCUUUUGUGCUUUGCUCUCUGUUGUGGACCACCUUGAGAAAGAGAAGAUUGUGGAUGUAUUUCAGGCCGUUAAAAAGCUGAGGACAACCCGAGCUGGGAUGGUCAACACUUUGGCGCAGUACCAAUUCUGCUACCAGGUAGUUCAGACCUACUUGGAUUCCAGCUCCAUCUAUGAGAAUUACCGAUAAAUCAUCAGUUGUUGAGAAAGCUACCAAAGACAUCAGAUUUGCAAGUCAAUCACUGUAACUUUAUUCUAUAAUGCGAUACACAGUCACUUUUCUUACAGACAAAAUAUAAAUUGGAAAAAGGCCCCUCUAAUUCAGAGCUUCGAGUCGCACCUUAUUGGAAAUGCUUGUCUUAGUUAAGUCGACUGAUCGGUCAGCUGUGAAUUUUAACCAACAUCCACCCUUUAGCAAUAUUGAUUUAGUUUCCAUACAAAAUCGUUAGAGUGACAAGUAAAUAAUUUCACUGAUUUCCACGAUUGAAUAAAUGUUUAAAGCCAUAUAAUUGAACCAUUCUGAUGUAAGAUUAUACACAUUAAAUUAAUGUACAUCUUUAUCAUGAACAUCGCCCCCUAUAUAGUGUUUAUGGUGUAACCCCCCCCCCUUUCCCGGCUUUGGGGGCCCUGUUCAUAAUUUUAUAUAAACCAUCACGUGUAUUUACAAAACCUAAGGAGUCGUAAAAUAAAAGGAACUCAUGUUAUUGAACACAUUGACAGAAUAUGCCUUAGAUUUAUACUUUAAUAAUUGAUAAUCGAUACGUUUUGUUGUACUUAGACGUCUUGUUGACAUUGAGGCGUAACUUCAUAAGUAUCCUACAAUUUAUAAUGUAAGGUAAUUCGGUGUUAUUACUUAUGUAAAUUAAUUACAGAAAGGUUGCAUGCGUAAAAAUGGAUUUUAUUGUGGAGAGCAAUAAGUUAUAUAAAAGACAUGUUGAAAGUAACAUUCUCUUUAUAUCUUUACCAAACUGUUUCAUUAUUUAAACAACAAAUUACGAUUGUUACGAUUUGAGACUAACUGAAACCAACUACAGGAAAAAAAGCAGAAACUAAAAUGAGAUGAAAUGAGGACUUAUUAAUUGAAUGGAAAUUACAUUUUUGCACUUGAUACCAUUUUCAAGUGUCAGUGGCUUAAUCUAUACUCUGUAGAGGGUUUGCAUGGCCGCCAUCUUGCAGGCCAGUGCUUUUGUUCCACAGGGUGUGCACAAAGGAGGCUUCACUGUAAAAUAAAAGCUUGCCCUGAAAGAUAGCUACCACGCGAACCCUCUAUUGUGCAGUAUUGAACAAUGUAUAUUAAGUUAUGAUAGUGCUGUUAAUUAAAUAUUAGCCAGAGUGUGAUGUUGUGUUGCACAUUUUUAUUCAAGAAUGCAUACAUUUGUUGAAACAGAGUUCAUUAUGCAACUAAACACAAAAUGUGAUUUUUUUUCAGUAAAUGACGCACAUAGACCUUGCUGGAUAAUUGCUUUGUCUCUGUGGAACUCCCUUGUGCAACUGUUAAGUGAGUGUGGAAGUUUCCGACGAUUUUUGAUUUUUAUUACGAAUGCAAACAUAUUUGUAUCUUGCAUCUUAUUCUGUUUUUGGCCCCACAAAGUAGUCCCCACUGCUGUGUUAGUGUGA